AUGGCCCCUCACGCGGAACAGAGCGACGGCCACAUGAACGGGUUUGGUACCAAUGGAACUGCAACGCCCGCUGAAUACAUUGACCCCAAGCAGGAACUUUUCGUCGUGAACUCCCCAGACGUUCAGUACUCCGGCGAGCAAAUCCAGUCAAAGUACGUCUACCGAACGACUGCCGUGUCCAAGUCCGGCAAUAGCUAUGUGGCCACUCCCAAGGAGACCAAAUACGACUUCAAGGUCGACCGCAAGGUUGGCAAGGUCGGUGUCAUGCUUGUCGGCUUGGGUGGCAACAACGGCACCACGGUCACGGCUGGAAUUCUCGCCAACAAGCGUGGCUUGGUUUUCGACACCAAGGAAGGUCCUCGGGCAUCCAACUACUACGGCUCGCUCGUCAUGGGCUCAACCAUGAAGCUCGGCACAGAUGCACAAACUGGUGAAGAGAUUAACAUCCCCUUCCACAAUGUUUUGCCCAUGGUCCACCCCAACGAUCUGGUCGUUGGCGGCUGGGAUAUCUCAAGCAUGAAUUUGGCCGAAGCAAUGGAUCGCGCCCAGGUCUUGGAGCCCGAUCUGAAACGGCAAGUCCGGAAGGAGAUGGCUGCGAUCACGCCUUUGAAGAGCAUCUACUAUCCGGAUUUCAUCGCGGCAAAUCAGGAGGAUCGCGCCGACCACGUGGUUGAGGGCUCCAAGGCCUGCAAUGCCCACGUCGAACACUUGCGCCAGGAUAUCAGGAACUUCAAGAGUGCCAACAACCUCGACAAAGUCAUCGUGCUCUGGACAGCGAACACUGAGCGUUACGCCGACGUCGUCCCUGGCGUGAACGACACAGCUGACAAUCUGCUUAAGGCCAUUGAGCAAGGCCAUGAGGAGAUCUCGCCGUCGACUGUGUUCGCCGUCGCUUGCAUCCUUGAGGGUACCCCCUUCAUCAAUGGCUCGCCUCAGAAUACCUUUGUUCCAGGUGCGGUCCACCUCGCUGAGAAGCACAACGCCUACAUCGGUGGUGACGACUUCAAGUCCGGCCAGACCAAGAUGAAGUCGGCACUGGUCGACUUCUUGAUCAAUGCCGGCAUCAAGCUCACCUCGAUUGCCAGCUACAACCAUCUCGGUAACAAUGACGGCAAGAACUUGAGUUCACAGAAGCAAUUCCGAUCCAAGGAAAUCUCCAAGUCCAAUGUCGUGGAUGACAUGGUCGCUGCCAACUCCGUCUUGUACAAGAAGGAUGAGCAUCCAGAUCACACCGUUGUCAUCAAGUACAUGCCUGCCGUGGGCGACAACAAGCGUGCGCUCGACGAGUACUAUGCUGAAAUCUUCAUGGGUGGCCAUCAGACCAUCAGCAUCUUCAACGUCUGCGAGGACUCACUGCUCGCCUCGCCGUUGAUCAUCGACCUCGUCAUCCUAGCUGAGAUGUUCACUCGCAUCCAAUGGAAGGCAGACACUGAGUCGGACUUCAAGAACUUCCACUCGGUGCUGAGCGUUCUGAGCUACAUGCUCAAGGCCCCUCUCACACCUCCCGGCACCCCAGUCGUGAACGCCCUGGCCAAGCAACGCAACUGCCUGACCAACAUCUUCCGUGCCUGUGUGGGUCUGCAGCCCGAGUCCGACAUGACUCUCGAGCACAAACUGUUUCCUGCAAUGACCAAGUCCAAGGUUAUUGUAUAG